UGACCAGAGGAAGAGAAAACAGAACCAGAACAGAGGAUAUUCGCCGCAUUUCUUCCCGGACCGAAUAUUCACUCCGCCUCCUCCCUUAAAUCCUGCCUCCGCCGCCGCUUCCCUCUCGCCUCCCCGCUCCGCCGCCGCCUCCCUCCUCGCCGGCGCCGGACGCUGCCAUGAAGUUCGGCAAGAGCCUCAGCAACCAGAUGGAGGUCACCCUGCCCGACUGGCGGGACAAGUUCCUGUCCUACAAGGAGCUCAAGCGGAGGCUGAAGUCGAUCCACCCCAACCCCGGCGAGCGACCCGGAAAGCGCCCCAGGCGGGAGGACGGCGAGGAGGAGGCCGCCGCCGCCGACGCCGCGUUGGCGGAGGAGGUGGAGGUGGAGUUCGUGCGGCUGCUGGAGGACGAGCUGGAGAAGUUCAACGCAUUCUUCGUCGAGAAGGAGGAGGAGUACAUCAUCAGGCUGAAGGAAUUACAAGAUAGGGUCGCUAAUUCAGAGAAUAUUAGCAGAGAGUUGAUAAAAAUUAGGAAGGAAAUUGUAGACUUCCAUGGGGAGAUGGUUUUGUUAGAGAAUUAUAGUGCCCUCAACUAUACAGGACUGGUGAAAAUCCUGAAGAAGUAUGACAAGAGAACAGGAGCUCUCAUUCGCUUGCCCUUCAUCCAAAAGGUCUUGCAACAGCCAUUCUUCACCACUGAUCUGCUUUACAAACUCGUGAAAGAGUGCGAGAGCAUGCUCGAUCACCUCUUCCCUAAUAAUGACACCCCAGAUUCAUUUGAGGUCACUCAUGCGAAUGAACGGUAUGAUCCGAUGGCUUCCACCUCAACUGGGAAUGGCAAUUUGUUUAAGGUGAACAAGGAACUCAUAGAAAUCGAGCCAAUGGAGAGCUUGUACAUGAAGAGCAUUGUGUCGGCAUUAAGGGUUAUGAAGGAAAUCCGUAGGGGAAGCUCGACUGUGAGUGUGUUCUCUUUACCACCCCUGCAGAUUCAGGGAUUUGACGGAACAUGACAUAAAUUCCCCAUUCUGGAGCAAGCUGCCAAAUAACAGGAACAUUUGUUUGGCAAAUGAAUCGUGUAACACUUAUAUUUUUCCCUUUUUUUCCUUCCAUGCAUCAUAGAUGCAUGAUUUAUAGACUGAGUUGUGUAAGAAGCUGCUGAAAUAUAUGGGAAAGUUUUACAUAUGAGUAGGUUUGGGCAUAGAAAUCCUUUCGACUGUUGUGCCCCCUAUCUUACUGAAAAGGAGGACAUCGUGUAGUUUUCUUGUUGUGGAACUUAUUUAUCGUUGAAAUUUGAA